UGUUGUCUGUCUCGUUUUCUCCAUGGUUACUGUUGCCCAACGGCUCUAUUCAGACGGCUCUAUGUCAACGACCGACUGUUAGCUCCUUCAGUAGACAGAUUUUUAAUAACAAAAUACCAUAAGUUACAAAUGAUAUAACUGUUACGAACAACCGAAACUUGGCAUGUUGUUCUUUGAGUAGUAUAACCUAGCGCUAGUCAAUUUAUUUUAUUUCGCAACAACUCCGAAAAAAAAUAAUCCGAGGUAUCGAAGCGUUCUUGAAUCAUCCCAGUUAAGUAAUUUAACAUGGUUAAAGAUAAGACGGAGAACUUACGGGUGGAGUGUCUAAAAAGUUCAUCUCCUGGACGAGGCAAUGGAGAAGAAAGCUCCCAGAUGUGGAAGGAGAGCGUGGAUAAAAUGAAUCAUGGGAAUGUCCUCACGCAUGGCCUUCGUCAUGUCCUCCACCUCUCCUGUAAAGACCCUGUUCGUCACAUGACCUGUGGUGAGGGUGCUGCAGGCUUCGCUAGUCUCCACAGUAGCGGCCAUGUGCGGUUCUAUUAUCCAGAUGGCCAUCUUAAAGAUCUGUCUUUUUGCCAAUCCCUCACCAUCCACUAUGCUGGACUCACCUCCACACAUCUGCCAGGCAGACUGGUUGGCUGGGGACCUGGGGCCAUUCUCACUGUACUAGAUGCAGAACUGAAUCCUCUGGUUCAUGCUGUGGAACCCAUGGAUGUGAGAGUGUGCAAGAUUUUGGAGCACUCUAAUGAGCUUGUCACAGCUGGAAUGGGAAAUGUAUGUGUGUGGUGCCUUACACACUUGAUAUGUCGCAAACGGGUGGUGGAGGGAUUGGGGAGACACGUUGUUUUCACACAUCUAGCACUGGUGCCGAGCAGGACUCAGCAGGGUCUCAGAGCACUGGCUGCAUAUGGACAAGCUGUGGUUGUGGUGGACCUUACAAAGGGAUGCAUUGUGGAGCACAAGAAGAACCUCCAUUCAAGGGAAAUCACAGGGAUGGUCUACUGUCCCCUUAGGGAUAUUGUAGUUACUGCAUCAGAUAUGACAAUCCGAGUGUGGGGACUAGACUGGGAGCUUCAAAUGGCCUUUGUGGGACAUACAGCUCUGGUCACAUCCCUAGUUCUGUGUCCUGUCUCUGGUCUGUUGUUGUCAUCUUCUCUUGAUGGUACUUUGAGAUGCUGGAGGCCAGAAGUUGGAGACCAGGUCCAGACUGUAUCCAUUCCUAUGGGGUGCUCACCUCCUCUAUUCCUGGGAGGCCCAGACAGUGCUGGCACCUUCUUCUCAUACUCCACCAACAGUGUGGACUUCUGGACCUUCAACUGCCUCUACAAUCUACACUGCAGACUGGACGGGUCCCUGGAAGGUCCUGUCCGACAAAUCUUGACCCCACUAAGCCCCCCUUCCUUCCAAGCCUGUGUAGUUUGCAUCCAUGGAAACAGCAAUAUCACAGUUGUUGCGGCAGAGACAGGUGCUGUGCUCACUAGAUUCCAAGCCAAUGGAAGAGUAAGGUGCGCUGAUUACUGUGUGCCUAAGGAGCGCCUAUUGGUCCUCACUGAGGACGGGGUGGUAUCUAUUGCAAGUACUUUGACCAGUCCAGUAACAAUACUGGAUGAGUGGCAUGGGAUAGAGCAUUGGGACUGGUCAGGGGGGCAGGUGGAAGCAAAUAUAGGCACGGUGUGCUGCAUGGUGUUAUACAGUGACGUUAUAGAUACAUCAAGUGGGCAGGAAGAAUGGAGAUCCUUACAGAUGCAAAGAGCACAGAAGCCAAAAAAAAACAAACUUCUACAUGAUACAAAAAACAGGUUCGUAUUUGUGGUAGAGUGUAUGAUUGUGUGCUGCAGGUAUUUGUUGAUUCAGGCUGUUAUCAGCAAUAAGUUGAAUAUGGGUAAAGUGGGACUGUUAAGCGUGAUCCCUACUAUAUAAAAAUUAUUUAUUUAAAAAAAAAAAUCAUCUCUAAAUUUGUCUUUGGAAAGUAAACAGUUUGUUUUUUGGGACUUAAUCUGUUAAGCUUUUAAGUUAAGCUCCUAAAUUGAUGAUGUCACAUUGAGGGGCAUGGCAGAACUCAAUUCACAACCGCCAGCAGGAAAAGUAAAUGACAGAAAUCUGAGGUAAAUCUUAAUAAAAGGUAAAAGUUCACUUACCCCUGGUUUCACAGACGAGGCUUAAGCCUAGUCCGAGACUAAAAUGCAUGUUUGAGUUCUUUAAAUUGAAAGCAACUUGCACUGACAUAUCUUAAAUUAUAUGUCAGUGCCAUUGUUUUGUCUCAAGAUGCACACAGUAAUGUUUUUUUUUCUAAGGCAUGUUUAUAAAAGCUACUUAAAUGUCCUAAUUAAACUAAGGCCUAAUCCUGGCUUAAUCUAAGCCCUGAAACCGGGCCUUAAUGUCCAUAGAUGUUGCAUAUAUUCAUAAUAGAUGUUAUAGAUGUUACAAUAAUUCAUAAUAAGUUUAUCAGAAAAUAUAUUCAUAUUUGAAUCUUUAUGUAAGCCUAUGUUGCAAAGAAAAAAUGCAAUCUAGUUUGCAUAAUAGGGGAAAAAAUGAUGUGUCCAAUUUUUCCAGCAUUGAUUGAAAAAAAUAAGUGUGGUUUGGUCAUAAGAGGCAUAAGAGUUCUUCUCAGUAGUGAUUAUUUCUUAAUAGUGAUCCUAUUUCUUAAGCUUUCAUUAUAGGUCAAAGCUAUGUAAAUGUUAUAUAGCAGGAUCAAUUAAAUGAAUUAAAUGUGCAAGGAAAAGUAAAAAUUUGAUGAGUGUCAGAU